AUGACUUUGAGGUUUUGAGGUCUGUUGAAACCCUGAGGAACUCAGAACCCUUUUGCUUCCUUUUGCUCGGUGAGCAGUUCAGGGCCUUUGUGCACAAAGAGAGUGGACGUGUGAGAAGAGCCGUGCUGCUAGAGAAGAACCCUCUGUGGAGCUCAGACCUGUGCCUGGACUCUACACCCAGACUGAAGAUCUGGCUUUUCAAGUACCUGUGUUCCUCAUGCCCCAGAGCUGCAGUAGGGCAAGGCUGAGCGGAGAAAGACAGGGGAGAAGAGAAGAUGGAAUGAGAAGCACUACACAGAAAACAGCUGCUCGGGGCUGGCUGAAUCCUUGGAGUUGAAAGGUCAAGACGCCAAUGCAAAGACACAACAGGAGAGGAGAACCAGUGAGGAACCAGGAGCAAAGAGAGAAGCUGGAGAAAGCUUGUAAGAGGAGAAUUGGAAUAAUUUAUGAUGCAGUUUGGACUUCAGUCUGGUUGACAAGCUGUGCAUUUGGAGUGCAUAGGUAGAAGAAACAACCUGGAGGAAUGAAAGAGAAUAUUCUUGGAUUGGACCAGUCUUAGUAGGCUAAUAGCAGAAGGAAAUGGUGAACAGAAGUGUUCGUGGUGCGUCUACGUUUGACUCAGAUGAAAACAAAAUCAUUUCUACUCUGUAGAACCACCCUUUUACAGAGAAAAAGUGAAGGCAAUGUUUGAAGAAUGGACAAAUUGAAUACCUCUAAGAAUUCCUCUUGUGAUCCUAUACUGGCGCACCAUUUAACCUCACUUUACUUCAUAGUGCUCAUUGGAGGGUUGGCAGGGCUCAUCUCCAUCCUGUUUUUACUGGUGAAAAUGAACUCACGUUCAGUGACCACCAUGGCAGUCAUUAACCUGGUGGUGGUCCAUGGGUUAUUCCUGCUGACUGUGCCUUUCCGCUUGGCAUACCUCAUCAAGGGGACUUGGACUUUUGGAUUACCCUUCUGCAAAUUUGUGAGUGCCAUGCUGCAUAUACACAUGUACCUCACCUUUCUCUUCUAUGUGGUGAUACUGGUCAUCAGGUACCUCAUCUUCUUCAAGCGCAGAGACAAAGUAGAAUUCUAUAGAAAACUGCAUGCAGUUGCUGCCAGUACUGCUAUGUGGAUUUUGGUGAUUGUCAUUGUGGUGCCCCUGGUGGUUUCUCAGUAUGGAAAUAAUGAAGAAUACAAUGACCAACACUGCUUUAGAUUCCAUAAAGAACUUGCCCGUGAUUAUGUACGAGUUGUCAACUAUAUGAUAGUCAUUAUUGUCAUAACCAUUGCAAUGAUUCUCUUGGGUUUCCAAGUUUUCAUCACAUUGUCCAUGGUUCGGAAGCUCCGCCACUCCUUACUAUCCCACCAGGAGUUCUGGGCUCAGCUGAAAAAUCUGUUCUUUAUAGGCAUAAUCCUUAUUUGUUUUCUUCCCUACCAGUUCUUCAGGAUUUAUUACUUGUACAUAGUGGCACACUCCAAGAACUGUAAAAACAAAGUUGCAUUUUACAAUGAAAUCUUCUUAAGCACAACAGCCAUCAGCUGCUAUGAUUUGCUGCUCUUUGUCCUUGGAGGAAGCCAUUGGGUUAAGCAAAAGAUUAUUGACCUAUGGAAUUGCCUUUUAUGCUAUUAGCCAAGACUACUACAGCAUUCAUUUCUUCCUGUUGGGAAUGAGAAUAAGCAAGGGAGGAAAGAAUGGCUUUGCAUUGCUUGAUCAAAACCUUGCCUUGGCCCAGACAAAGAAAAGGACUAAAAAGUGUCCAAGUGCUCCCUGUAAAAGAUGUCCAUGCAAAGACGAGUUGUGGUGAACCUACAUGGAAUUGCAAAUGCAUUAUUUUCGAACCUAGUGGUUGCUUGCCCCAUCCGGAAAAGACGGGUGUGCUGGAUGCUGAAGUUCUAUCAGGGUAUGGUGACUUCCAGGGUUUGAGACAUGGUUUUCCCUGCCAGGCUUUGGGCUGCAGUUAGGGGAAGAGUUAUUUUCAGUCUACUUCUCCUUCCAAAGGCUAAUAAUCCUGGUUAUCAAACAGCUCCAAAGAGAUCAAGUCCACUUGUUGUACCAGACAAAUUGGCACAACCAACAUAAGCAGCCGGGCAAAACAGCCAGGCAAGUGGAGGAGUAAGAAAUUUUUCUGUAUCAUCCUAAUUUUGGAGGGAGCACCAGGACUUCUGCUUUAACAAGCUUUCUAGCCUUGCCCUUCUGAAGGUUGUGUUUAAGGACAUGAGUAAUGAACUCUCAUCAAUCACACUCUCUGAAAAUUCUUUGUAACCUUAUUAAGAUGCCGAAGUAAUGGUGAAAGCCUAACUUAUAGAACACUCCUGGACAGUGUCCUGCUCACAGUGAAAUGAAUGGCAAUAUAGGAUAAUUAACCUUUUUUCCUUUCCUGUUUUUGAAAGAAUUUUUAUGUCUUGGUCCACAGUUAAUGCAUUUUACACAUUUGAAGAUAAGAAGUUAUACUGUAGUCUUUAAGUUGUACUCCAUUCUUAAAAAUCAUAUGUUUUUAAAACAAAACCUGUAUUUUUUGAGCAAAAAGAACUUCUGGGGAAAAUAUGGGAUAGUCCUUAAUUUAGAAUACGUGAGAUUAGGUUGCAUUAAGAGAGUCUUAGAAAAAUUUUGAAAAUGAAUGAGUAAAUAUGCUGGAAGGUAAUACCAUUCCAUCCUUUAAAAUAUUAAACCAUAUGGAUAUCUUUGCCAAAUUCUUAGUAACAUUUUGCAAUUUGGUUCAUAACUUGUGACACAUGGCAUUAAACUUUUAUUUCAAGAAUUCUUGAUUGAGUUCACAUACGGGUUUAUGGUUUGUACUUAAUUGGCUUUAUUUUCUUUUUGCCGUUUCCUCUUAUUCUGUCUCCCCCAGUUUCAUGAUCUUGACAGUUUUCAGGGAACUGAGCCAUAUCCAUAUUUAAGCCUCCAGACAACCUGAAGUCAUUAGUCCUGUGAAUAGAAGGAGAGGUGAGUCACCAGGGCUCUUCUUCCUGGAAGGGACCUCCUUACAUCUGAAAGGCUUUUGUUAGUUGCUGCUGUUCCAAGGAUCCCAAGUUCCCCUGUGAGACUCCAGUUUCAGUGGAAUUACCAAGGCAUAGGAACUAAUCCUGGAGAAAAACAUGUAGCAACACACUGCAAAUUUGACUCUUUCUAACUUUUCCUCUUUAAAAUUUCAGCUCUGCAUUCCCAUCUCUUUUUUAGAAAACAACAACAACAACAUUUCUUUCAUUUACUACUUGUUUUCUGUUCCCAUUUAUUUUCUAAAUUUUUUCCUCACUUUGACUCAUAAAGUUUGUAUGACCAUUGCUAAGAUUCACAAAACAUUUUAAGAAAAUUUGUAACACCCACAAAAUAUAAGUAUACCCACUAAGUAUAGGAAAAUAAAGAUAGAUGAAAUAUUUAAAAUAAGCUUUACUUGAGAAAGUUUCAGGAGGGCUUUCUUCUUAUGGCUACUAUAAGUGUAGACUCUGCAUCAUACUUUUAUAGACUGGAUUAUAUCUUCCAGACUUUAGAUAUACUGAUGCAAAGCAGUUAUGCAUUUUUCAAUAUUAUAAUAAGUGGUCCAUAUAUUUCUAUGGGUCUAUAUAUAGAAGUGUUAUCUAGAAUAUAGAAAUGCAGCAUUCUAUAAUUUAUAAUACCUUAUUGAUCAGGUUUCACAGAAUAAAUGAAAAGUUUUCAAGUUGCCACUCUUUUGAUUUAGUUGGUAUAAAAAUAGAUGCUACAAGCAAAUGGGAACUGACAUUAGUCUCAAAGGCCACUUUGGAUGUCACCAUUAUAAGAAAUACUAGUAGGAUCUGGUGAUGAGUUCAGGAACUAGACAUUUGGCCUUGCAUUAAAAAGAGUCAUAUUGUCUUGCUGUGUAUUUGAAUAACCUCCCAGACAUGUAGGAAGUGGAAUAUAGAUGAGUAAUUAUUGGAGCCAAUGGGUUUUAUUCAGUUUUCAUGGCAUAUAAUAUUUUGACCCAUUUUUUUGAAAACACAAUUAUCAUGGACAUUAAGGAAAGAUUUUAUUCUGGUUACCUCAGAACCUUACUAGGAGUUGUUUAUUAUUUUUUAAAAAGUCACAUGAUUAACAAGCAAGACCAUUUAUAAUGUUAAAAUACAACACAAUAUUGCCAUAAAUGAUAAUUUUAGCAGUUGUAUUAAGGUGGGAAUAAUAUAGAGAUGUCAAUAUCAUAUUGCCUCAUUUUUUCUCUCUUGUUACUACACAACUAAAAAUGUAGUUUUUCUUAUAUUUAUUAUAUAUAGUACAGGAAAGUUAUGAAAUUCAUUAUCUUCAAACUCCAUUUGAGAAUGGGAAAGUGUUAUUUAAUAUUGUGAUACAAAGCAAGGUGGUUCUCUAAGAUCCAUGUGAUCUAUGAUGCACAGGAUCAGUUGUAAAGGUGGUUCUGUCUUUGUGAACAUUAGGAUCAUGGAAAAAUAUGCUGAUGUCUUCGGAAUAAUCUCCUGAGUUGAUAAAAUCCUUGAUCCUUUCUUCUGUCCGUUAAAUGUGAUUUUUAGGAAACUGACAAGGACAUGUUUGUGUUUCCUUUGUUGCUAAGUAAAAGGCAUUUCUCUAUCAUCACUGUCAGAUUGGCCUAGUACCAAUGUCCAAUAGAUCCUAGACCCAAAGAUAAGACAGUGGUUGAGAUGCAGGUAGACAUAGAAAGAUUGUUUCUGGCAUCCUAGUCAACAGUUGUUCUUUACUUAAUUUUCUUGAGAAAGGGUCACUGAAUUAGAGAGAAAGCCACUCCCUCCCUCCCUCCCUCUCUCCCUCUCUCCAUUCCUCCCUCCCUCCCUCCCUCCUUCUUUCCCUCACUAGCUCUUCCUCUCUUUUAAUCUGAACCAUAGCUUUUAUAGAAGGCAUGGUAUUGGUACAAAGAUGUGACCAUUGCCCAUUUGACCAGUCAUUUUAGAGAAGAAUAAUCUCAUCCCUGGAUGAAGAAAAGAGUUGCUUAAAUUCUAGAGGAGUCAAGAUCGUCUCUUUUAUUCUGAGGAGAACAUUGUUUCAAAUGUCAAAAAUAAACACCAAAGUCUACACCUGCCUCCUAGAAGCGCCAUCUUUUGCAGGCCUACAGGGUCUCAAGUUCAGGAAAGUCCAGAAAUCCUUGAAUGAUGUCCAGUUCUGUACAUAAAACACAUGUUUCAUGACAAUCUGAUUGUCUACCAUAUCCUCUGACACGUCCAUCUCUUUCCCAAAAUCACAAAGAGCAUUCUUCUUGGCAAUGGGCCUUCCACUGAACACAGGUGCAAGUCAAUUAGAAGUUAUAUGGUUUUCAGGCUUAAUUGUUAAUAAUUAGGAAUUUUUAUAUACAUGACAGGAACUUUCACAUUCGAGAACUGAGCACAUGGAGACAGUUAGAGCAUAGACACGACAAAGGAAUAUCCAGAGUACAUCUGUCCAAAGUCUACAGUCUUUCUACUAAGGGUUCUUUGAGCAUAAGGCAAGUGAACAGUGGCAAACCAAACCAGUGUGAACUCAGGAACUGUGGACCAGUAGCUGUGGAACAGUGGCAAUCUUACAUCUGAACAUGUUUUAAAUUUUAAAGACAGAAAAAAAAUACCAUUAAACCCAUGAAAGUGAAACAUUCAUCAUUAAAAGUAAAAGAAUUACAAAAGAAUUAACUAUGUUCUUUCAUAGUGUAUGGGCCAGAAAAUGAAGGGUUGGAGUGGAAGGUGGGGAAAUGAAUACCUGUCAGAUUUUGAUAAAAAAUACAGUUAUAAGCUCUGCAAACAGGUAAAUUGUUGUGUAUGUUCAUAUGCUAGUGAAGAUAUUUUUGGGACACUUUUCUCUCGACCUCAGCAGAAAUCACCUCAGAAACAUUGCUUCUUCAACACCAGGGUCUUCUCCAGCAUAAGGCCAACUCUACUUCCUCAGCAGUCAUCUUUGCAGGAGGCAAAGUGCUAACAAACCCACAUUUCUUUUAAAGUACGACACACUAAGCAUCAAGUCUGGGGCGACUGUUCUUUCACAAUUCCUGUAGCAGGAAGGCCAUAUCCUUAGUGUUCCACCUUUCAUGCUUGUCUUCUGCACCCUCCCACUCCUAACCAUGCUGAUGUUUCCUUGUCUAUAUCAGUAAGAUUGAGAAAAGAGUCAGAUACAUCUUCUGAAUUAUCUUCCCCUCCAUGUUGGAACCAUCACCAAAUCUUAGCUUUCAGGAAUUUUUAUUAAAUGUUUAGUUUCAUAGCAUUGCCCUCUCUCACCAUUUCAAGUUUUAUCAUAAACUACUGACAUAAUUUUGACUUUAACCUCCUAUUCUACAAGACACACGUAUUUGGAAUUUUAUGAGUAGUUCAAAACUAACCGAUCUUGUCCACUAUUUCCUUCUGUCACAGAGAACUCUUUUCACAGUGCUUUCCUUUACCAAUCGAGUAGUUCCCAUGAUUCAAUACCAACUGCUUUCUGUCCCCAUUGGCAUGCUUCGCCAUGGUUCUUAGCAAAUUCUUAUCAAGGCAGGAAGCUGAACUGACAAUCAUCGGUGUCAGCAGCCAGGACUGUAGAAAAGUCUUCCAGGCCUGUGGCCUCUUGUUUUGUUUGUUUGUUUGUUUGUUUGUUUGUGUUUUUUUUUUUUUUUUUUUUUUUUA